AUGGAGGGACUGUCCCGUUGCCAGAGCUUUGGACGGAGCUCUCAGAUCGGCCCAGGGAAAAAGUCGUCUUCUCGUCCAGACAACGUCAACCCGCUACAUGCACAUAUUUCACCCUGCCCGGUGAGGCGACUGUCGGUAAAUCAUGAACGUGAAGUAGUCGCAUCCUCUCAGUCUUCAAGAACAUCUGUCGGGGGCAUUUCUCCCCGUGGCAGUUAUCACGUUAUGCCAAACAGAAUCGGAGGGUACCACGAUUUAGAACGGGCAUUAGGGCGUGAAGCAACGAAGGAAGAUGGCAUUCAAAAGAAGAGCCUGUCUUCCUCUGGAUGCGCCCGGAUAGUGGCCGACGGCCCAGAGCCUUUUUCUUUUUCACGGCAUGGUCACAAUGCCACUCCGUCUGACGUCACGGCAGUUGCCUGUGCCGAUGAAGAGACAGACGGCCGCGUGAGUGUAGGUGACACUGAAGGUGACACCAUCGGUAAGGCAGGGCCUACAGAUGGAGACGUCACCAGUGGGAGUGACGAGGAACACGGCAUGCCAAUGCCAAUGUGGGCACCCGAAGUUUCGUCGGAAGAUACAGAAGAGACACCUCCGAGCAACGAUGGACUGGAGGAGAGACGGGAGAGCGCGAGCUCACCUGAUGGAGACGGUUAUGUGAGGAGAGCCCGGCAACGAAGCGUUGAGCACGGUGACAUAGCUCCCUUGUUUCAUACUCCUUCGCGGUUGACCCCUGCGUGUCGCCUGACUUCCUUGUCUUCCGGUAACUCAGCGCGGGCACAGCUGAUGGCGCAGAAGGUACAGUCACGUCCGGAGACGAGACCCUCCAAGGAAAUAGGGGAGAGGGACCGGAGGAAGGAGCACUCGAGAUCGAGCCAAGGUGACCGUAAAGGGAUUUUCGGAGGAGUGCUUCGAAGUCUCAGCCGUGGAUAUACAGGUGCGGUUCAUAUCUUCGAUGAGCUGACCGCUGGCUUCAAGGCAGACAUGGAAACCGACGAGCCGCGUUCCACUGACGUCCUGAAUGAAGAACCUGUGUCACCAGGCACUGCCGUGGGCGACUCAAAGAUAAUGACCCGAGAUGGAACAGGAAGGGAACGUCCUCGGCCUCGUGCACGGCGAAGGUGGUCUCAGGAACGCCGUUUCAGUAGCCCCGAGAAAGAGGAUGACGAACAUUCAAACUUUUCGAACGCGCUUCCGAGGACACUUCGCUCAUUGUUGUCCUUCACUUCAUCGUCAUGGAACACUCUAUCACCCGGUGAUGGAGAAACGAUUGAGGCGGCUAGGGUGUCGGCAUCUGGUUCGGGUUCUUCGUUAUCUUCCAGCGCGAAAGGCCCUCCAAAUUUAUUGGGUGGCCAUCUCAGACCGCGACAGAGGACCGCAGGACGCUCUUUCUUCGGAUCUGUUGCCGCUGCGGCGACCAACGCCUUUGCUGAGGCAGGCGCAGUCGCUGCAGCAGCUGCCGAGGCUGUGGCUGCCGUGGCGCAGGGCAGUACAGAGAGCAGCGACUCAACUUCUGAGAGCGAACGGCCUGGUCGGGGAGGGUUGCGGGGCUGUCGAGGGAAAGCAGGAAGGGGAUCUAAUGCGAUAACGAGGUCAGGCUCUAAGCUGUCGGCUGGACGCGUCUCCGUUUCACGGGAGCCGAACAGCGAGAGCGACCAGGGAGACGUGACACUGUCUGGAGAGACGUCGGGCACCGAGAGUGAGGUAGACCAACUGAUUCUCAACGAAAACGCUACCCCCUUCGAUUUCGUUUUGUGGGCGACACGAGAAGCAGCAGCGUCGCUGCAGCGUCCUCUUCUGUCGGCCCCACCAGAGGAAGCCGAAAACGCUGAAGAACCACAGAGAGCCGCGAAUACCGUACAGAGACGAGAACUCUUGCGGAUGUGUCGGCUGCGAGCCGUUGCCCUACGCCUGUUGUUGCUGAUAUGUGUAGAUGGCCACUGGUGCCUGGAUAGGAGACAGAGGAGUCUCCACGACGGCGUGGAUGACGGUCCUCGAAGGCGUUUUCCUCCUGUCAUUUCGGGGGACCGGGGAAGGCGGGCCGAUGGAGUCGCAGCAUUACUGCCAGGAAAGGCACUGCAAGGGAGUGAGGAAGUCGACAGGUUGUGGAACCAGUGGAUUAGUGGCACCCCGGAGCUGGCGCUCAAAGAAAGGGAAGAAGAGGAUGAAAUGGGGAAACAGAACGACGCAAGUCCAGGGAGUAGGGUUGCGCGGACGGGAUACAUGUGGAAAGCAGCGCGUCGCAUGCUCCAUGUCGACCGCCGUCUACGCAAGCUGCAUUCCGAUGCCGUACCGCGAAGAAUGGGAGAAACGGAAUUCUGGAAGCUUUACUUCUACCAGGUGUCGUUACUAAUGAACCGAUUCGACCGUCAGGCGCACAAGGUUCUCCGGUCCUUGGCUUCGUCGAUGAUCCUCACAAAGGGAGGCGAGGGCGGCGACGAGAACCCGCCCCAGGAGAGAGUUCGUGAUCUUCUGAGGCACAUCUCGGGCUCUACAGAGUCCGAUACGAGUUCGCCGCGUUCUUCGUACAGCGUUACGACCUCUCCAGGGUUUUCCGCUCGUCUGUUUAUUCCUCCUACUGGCGCUCCAGAGAACACCCCAGACCGGGAACCCGAGGAUCUCGACGUCGUCUUUCCGACGUCGGAACUGCAGAAUCCAACAGCGCCUGGAGACAGUCCGCAGGAAGGCCUCGGGACUCUAGCUUACGCAAUGUUUUCGUCUUCUCGCUCUCCCUCUCUGUCUUCUUCUUCUUCCGGGACGACGUCAGUCUCCGCCCGUGGCACUGGUUCAUCUUUCUCAGUCGAGGUCACCGAGUCUCCGUUGGUGUUCCCACGGGACUCUCAAAGAUCUGGGGUUGGAAGCGAAGCGUAUUCCGCUGGUUUUGAUUCUCCCGUAAUGCCAGAUAAAAUCCUUCACGAGCAUGCAGUGCGCGCUCCGCCAAGAGGAAUGGCUUCUGCGCGCGCAGACCCGUUCUCUUCAGUGUCUAGCAAUCACCGGCAUCUUGAGCCGGCAUCCAGAAAAGGAAGCUUUUCCGGGAUGCCUGAUGCUGGGCGUCGACUCACAGGUGUGUUUCCCACAAAGAGAGUUUCCGCGUCACAGGCAACGAACGGAAGGGUUUCACCUCAGCGUGAGACAGCGUGGGCGGGCAGACACCAAGACGAAGUGGGGGAGAAUCGGAUGGAAGGGCGGAAUCGCCGGCCAGCGCAAAAUCCAGUCUGCGGUCUCGAGAGCCCCUCAAGAAGUUCCGUUCAAGUGAAAGCUAACCCGAUGAAGGAACUAGAUGGAACCUGUGGAGAAACCUACCAGCCUAGUUUGGCCUGCAAAAGAGAGGAAGUUCCGGGCGCUCGGGCGUAA